AUGGCCCGUAAGAGCGCCCCAGCCACCGGCGGUGUGAAGAAGCCUCAUCGUUACAGGCCCGGUACCGUAGCGCUGAGAGAAAUCCGCCGCUAUCAGAAGUCCACUGAGCUGUUGAUCCGUAAGCUGCCUUUCCAGCGUCUGGUGAGGGAAAUCGCCCAGGACUUCAAGACUGAUCUGCGUUUCCAGAGCUCCGCCGUCAUGGCCCUGCAGGAGUCCAGCGAAGCUUAUUUGGUCGGCCUGUUUGAGGACACCAACCUGUGCGCCAUCCACGCCAAGAGGGUCACAAUCAUGCCUAAAGACAUCCAGCUGGCUCGCCGCAUUCGUGGGGAACGCGCCUAA